AUGCCAGUUUACGAAUGGACUUCCGCCAAGAAAACUUGUAUGAAACAUGUCAGUCCUAGCUUUGAAGUUACUAGCUAUCCUCUAAAAAUAAACACGAUUUCCAUAAAACAAUCUUCCAGCAUUAGUAUUGUUGACCACAUUAAUAAAUGGAGUUCCGGAUUUGAAGAAGUAGACCCCCUAUUGCGAUUUGAACGCAUGAAUCUAGAUGAAAUACUUGAUACCAACCCUUUGGAAGUAGUACAGAUAGAAGGGAUAAACUACAGCAAAGCAUGGAGUGCAAAACGUGUAGCUAUUCUAAACAAAUACACAACUGGCGAAAAGUUAACAAUUGUGAGCAGCUAUCUACCAGGCGGAGAAAAGGCCCUUAUCAGACAGGUUUCUAAUUUGAAUGAAAAGGUAAAACAUAGGCUGGAACAGUUGGAUUACUUUGAUGAAAGUUCAGUUAGGAAAACAAUGGGAUUAAGUCAACAAGAAUUUGUCACGAAUAUCAACAUGCUGAAUGAUGAAAUUAAAAAGGCGUGGGGGUCAGAACAAAGGGUAAAGGCAUUUAAAAUAGGUAUCCAGUGCUCAAAAUUACUAUCUGACAUCAGUGUAAUGCAGUUUUAUCCUAGUAAAUUUAUUUUAAUUACUGAUAUAUUAGACACUUUUGGAACUUUGGUGUUUGAUCGUCUGAAAGAAAAGAGUUUCGGACUGAAUAAUUCCAAAAAUAUUCAUAAUAUUGAUCCAAAAUCGGUGCCGGAGUCAGCUAAGGAAACGUGUCAAAAUUGGAUGUACAAAAUGGCUUCUAUCCGAGAAUUAUUACCUCGAUUGUACAUGGAAAUGGCUUUGUUAAAAUGUUACGUAUUCAUUUCUAAAGAGGAAAUUAAACUUGCAAUAUCGAGGCUCAGUAUAAUGAUAAGAGGAAUAGGAAAUUCAUUAGUGUCGCUGUAUUUGAGAGUAUAUUUGUGUUAUACUGCUUCCAAACUGCUUGGUAAAGAGAGCGAAGUCUACUUCUAUGACAACUUAAAGGAAUUUCUUGAAGAAUAUCAACAGAUUUUUCAGACAUCAAUGAGGAAAAAGUAUGAAUCACAAUUACUUACACAAGAUAAAUAUUUGAAUCUAUAUGUGCCUGCAAUUGAUUGGCUGCUGCUUGGAACAUUGAACUCUAAAAAAUGUAAAAGCGAUCUUUUUGACAAGCUCCUCCUAAAAUGUGAACAAAUUGAAAACAAUGAACUGUUCCUGUGUUGUCUCGUUUCCUCCUUUGAUACGACCAGUGUAAAAAACCAAGCGGCAAGAAUUAUGGAGGUGGUUCAAAGCAAGGCUGAGAAAAUGGUUAUGAUAAAUGAAAUACUAACAUCACUUGGAGAACAUUUGUGUAAGGGCGAGAACUUUAGGCAAAACGCGUCGGAGUCGCUUAUACAGACUUGGUGGAAAAUCGCCAGCUCCUUGAAGUCAACGCAUCACUUUUUGCAAGUUUUAGAACCUUGGCUACAAUUCGCAUGUACUCAUUUAUCGACUCAACACGUGAAUGUGAUACUGCGUGGUACAAUACGCUACAUGGUCAAAUGUGGUAAACCGGUUGAUGAAUUCUCUGGGAACUUUCAGUUUGUUAUGAAAAGAAUGCUCAGGUCGAUACCUGACGUGGAGGAGCUGUUCUUAAUGGACGCAUUCAUGCCUCUGGUGGAGCUGGUGCAAACUUCGAGUGCACGUACGAUGAUAGUCAAGACCGUUUUGUCAAUAUUCUUCUCGAGAUACACUUCUGUUCAGAUGGAGGAUCCCAUUGUUAUCUCUAGUGUCAUGACCCUCUGCUGGAUACUACACGACUCAAUCAACGCCGUGACGGUUGAAGACGAAAGUAAACUCUGCGGUGAGCUUAUCAAUAAGUUCAUACAGGCAGUCACGUUUCAAGAUGAUCUUGAAAGACAGCUUAACUUCUACGUGGAAUGCAGAUCUUCCUUUAUUAAAUUGGAUACAGUACUCAUAACAUUAGUUCACGCUGUUAACUCCCUAGCAGUUCGUGCGAGCACGCCGAGAGGUAAAUGGUUGCAACGUGCGUGUGCUGCUUACUGUUUCGUCACCGUACCCUCACUGCACUGUACGCUCACCAAAACUCAGUUGUAUCUGCUAUCUGGGCAAGUUGCGCUCUUGAACAACUGCAUCGGACAAGCUGAGGCUAAUUUCAAAGCUUUGAUUGGUCUUAUACCCGAUAUACCAGAUUAUAUACUAGAAGAUGGCCAAAAGAAACUGACACAUGUCAAAGUUGGAGCUCUUUUAAGUGACUUCUUAUCGACGCUGUUACUUCUGCCUGAUAACGUAGAUGGGAAUUGUAAAGCGUACAUACUAAGUGGAUUUAUAAAAACUAUGGAGAGGAUACACUGGAAGAGGACAGAGCCGCUGUACUACACCACUCUUCUUCAUACGUUAGAUCUGCUCUGCGAAAUGACCCAGGAAACCUAUGCACACCAUAUUGAAUCAGUGUUAUCAAAUGAUAAACUGUACGGCAGUGACACGGAAUUCAUAGCGGUGUUAGAAAAGUACGCUACUAAUAUUUGCCAAGAGCUACUGGUCGUUUUGAAGGCGCUGGGUGACAACAAAGAAACGAAGAAGCAGUACAAUUUAGCCUUAGAAUUGUUCUGGCGUGUUGUAAGACGCGGUGACUUGAAGGCGCGUCCAAUGAUGAGUCUAGCGGGUAACUUGUGGAUGUUGUCUCAAAAGAUACAAGACUCCAAUAACAAAUUUGCCAAAGCAAUUAUGUCUUCUCUACAAAAGGACAGCAACCCGAAUUUUCGACAUUUACUUCAAAAACUUGAGGAAGGCGUCAAGAAUUUAUGA